UCGGCCGGCUGUCCUAUCCCGGCGCCGGCCUGGCAGGGGCCGAGCGGGCGAAGGAGGGAGCAGCGCCCAGGAGGAGCCCCGCCGAGCCGAGGCGCGGGCCAUGGCAACCGAGGCAGAAGCGACAGCCUCAGAAGACACCGCAGAGACCCAGCCCUGUGCUCCAGAGGGGCCCUUUGCGAGUGCCCAAACAGAGGGUGCUGGUCUCUGCCUCCAGGGGCAGACUGAAGAGCCGGCCAUAAUCCCAGGGGAAUACACAAUACAUCGUUUUCUGAAGGACGAUUCAGAAGAGGCUGAGCUGGUUCAGUUCCUCAGGGAUUAUCCUUCCAAGGAGUACUUCCGCUUCGUGCCAUCGGAAGGCUUCCAGAAGGACGCAGGGUUGGGUUAUCGAGAGCCCAAGAUGUUCUCCAGCGUGGUCAGGAACAUCCCUGACGAUCCCUUGGUUGAAAAAGAGCAGAGGGGCUUCCAUCGCCCACAGCCCCUCGAGUUGCACCAGCACAUGGCUGCUCCAACGCCCCCAAGCCCUUCCCGACCCAGAAGUCCCUGGGGCAGGCUGGACCCCUACGACUCUGAUGAGGAUGACAAGGAAUACGUGGGGUUUGCGACACUCCCCAAUCAAGUCCACCGGAAGUCUGUGAAGAAGGGCUUUGAUUUCACACUCAUGGUUGCAGGAGAGGCCGGCCUGGGGAAAUCGACGCUUGUAAACAGCCUCUUUCUCACUGACCUGUACAAGGACCGCAAACUUCUAAACGCAGAAGAACGGAUCAUGCAAACGGUAGAAAUCACGAAACAUGUAGUGGACAUCGAGGAGAAAGGCGUGAAGCUCCGCCUUACCAUUGUGGACACGCCGGGCUUUGGGGACGCUGUCAACAACACAGAAUGCUGGAAAACCGUGGCUGACUACAUCGAUCAGCAAUUUGAACAGUACUUCCGGGACGAAAGCGGCCUGAACCGGAAGAACAUCCAGGACAACCGCGUCCACUGCUGCCUCUACUUCAUUUCGCCCUUCGGACACGGGCUGCGGCCCCUGGACGUCGAAUUCAUGAAAGCUCUUCAUCAGCGUGUCAACAUUGUUCCGGUCCUGGCCAAAGCCGAUACCCUGACAACCAACGAAAUGGAGCGAAUGAAAAUCAAGAUCCGUGAGGAAAUUGAGCAGUUUGGAAUCCGGAUCUACCAGUUCCCUGAAUGCGAUUCAGAUGAAGAUGAUGAUUUUAAGCUUCAGGAUCAGGCCCUUAAGGAGUGCAUCCCUUUCUCUGUGAUUGGCAGCAACUGCAGUGGUGGUGGGGGGCCAAAGACAGACGUGUAUUAAAUGAGGCUAUUGCCAGUGGGGCAUUGUGGCAGUGGAGAACCCCGCCCAUUGCGACUUCAUCAAGCUGCGUACCAUGCUGGUGAGGACCCACAUGCAGGACCUGAAGGACGUGACGCGGGAGACGCAUUACGAAAACUACCGGGCGCAGUGCAUCCAGAGCAUGACCCGCAUGGUGGUGAAAGAGCGGAAUCGCAAGCAUGAGGAGGAGAGGCGGUCAGUGUUAUCUUAAGAGCCCUCACCUGUGGUGUGAGGGGGCACAAGGUUGUGCAUCUGUGUGCAGCGGAGACCGUUCUGGAGGAAGGAGAGACAACUCCACCCUGAGACUUUGCUGCAGUGACUGUACUAUGGAGUGAGCCGACAGAGCCCCUCCCAAGCAGCGCCUCUUGUUCUCGGGCACCAGGACAGCACUGGGCUUAUUGCUUCUGAAGAUUCACAUCACCCCCCCACCCCAACUCCAAACCCAAGCUGGGGCAUUUCCAAACCCCUUCCUCCCAAAAUGUCUUCUCCCCGUUUGUAUAAAGUGCUUAUUUCCAACA